AUGACUGAUAGAGGCCGAGGUGGAGCGCGGGGACGCGGAAACGGCAGGGGCGGUGCUGGAGGUCGUGGAGGAGGUCCUGGGCGCGGCGGAGGCCCCGGAAAGAAGGAAUCUAUCUUAGACCUGCAAAAGUACAUGAAUAAGAAGGUUCAUGUCAAGUAUACCGGUGGAAGAGAAGUCAUAGGGACGUUGAAGGGAUUCGAUCAGCUUUUGAACCUUGUAUUGGACGACACGGAAGAGUUUAUUCGAGAUCCGGAAGACAGUUUUCGUGUAACUGAGCGAAAACGACCGCUGGGUUUGGUGGUGUGCCGUGGGACGGCCGUUAUUGUUAUAUCUCCGUUUGAUGGAACAGAAGAGAUUGCGAAUCCUUUUGCGCAGGAGUAG